ACGUCAUCGCCUUUUAGAAGAACUUUUAAGAAAUUUAAUCGUCUCUCUGUGUUUUACUUCACUACCUAAAACUUCCGUGGCCGACAACAAGCCUUUAGAGUGAAAACAUGGAGGCGCAGGUUGAUUCCCAGCUGACAGCUGAAAACUCCAUCCCCACCGAAACAACAGAAACAAACACAAGAAUGACAAGAAUACAGGCUCUCACCUUAAUAUCAAUAGCGUCCGUUAAUUUUAGUUCAAUGAUCUGUUACUCUAUAUUAGGCCCCUUUUUCCCAAAUGAGGCGGUUAAAAAGGGAGCCAGUCAGACGGUAGUUGGUCUUAUAUUUGGAUGCUAUGCUGUCUGCAAUUUAAUUGGUUCUAUGGUUAUGGGAAAAUAUAUUGUCCAAAUUGGUGCAAAAUUUAUGCUAAUUGCAGGACUCUUUGUAUCGUCGGUGUGCACCAUUCUGUUUGGAUUACUGGAUCGCGCUCCUUCAGGGGCCCCCUUCAUUACCCUGUGCUUUAUAGUGAGGUCUAUGGAUGCUGUUGGAUUCGCCGCUGCCAUGACCUCAACUUUUGCCAUGACGGCAAAAAUCUUCCCAAACAAUGUUGCAACUGUUUUGGGAAGUUUGGAGGUUUUCGCCGGACUCGGCCUCAUUCUGGGACCACCGAUUGGAGGAUGGUUCUACCAGUCUUUUGGAUACGAAGUCCCCUUUCUGCUCCUUGGAUGUGUGCUUCUGGUCAUGGUUCCUUUCAACAUAUAUGUGCUGCCUUCCAUUGAGGCUGAACCAUCGAAAGACUCGUUUGUUCGUCUCCUCACCAAUGGAAAAGUAGUCCUGAUUUGUUUUGUUCUGGUUACAAUAAGUUCAGGGCUGGGCUUCAUUGAUGCCACUUUGUCGUUAUUUGCAAUGAAAACGUUUGGCCUCUCAUCUGGAUACGUGGGACUACUUUUGAUCGGUCUGUCUUUACCGUAUUGCCUGGCGUCCCCUCUGAUUGGUUAUUUCACAGAUAAAUAUCCUGUCACAAGGACAGGAUUCACAGUGACGGGAGCAGUCAUCACCGCUGUUUGUUUCUUUCUACUGGGUCCAGCACCUUUCCUUCACAUCCCAAGUCAGCUGUGGCUGAUGGUCCUCAUGCUCAGCCUAAUUGGAUUUUCUCUUGGCAUGACUGCAAUCCCCACUUUCCCUGAGAUCAUCUCAUGUGCACAUGAACAGGGAUUUGAAGAAGGACUCAGCACCCUGGGAAUGGUGUCGGGUUUAUUUGGUGCCUUCUGGUCCACAGGGAUGUUUUACGGGCCUAUAGUAGGCGGCCUUAUCACUCAGCGCCUGAACUUUGAAUGGGCUGCAACUGUUCAGGGUGCCAUGGGACUUUUAUCUGCCUUACUUCUUCUGGCUUACUCUCUCUUUAAGAGAAGACAACAAAGGCUGAGAGUAAAUGAUCAACAAGCUGAUGAAAAUACCCCUCUCCUAAACGACUGAUGGUCUCCUCUACCCACUGAAGGGAAUAGCAGUUUUAUUCGACACAAGGGAAAAAUUUUGUUGCUUUUUGUCUUGCAACAGAAUUGUAACGUUCUCUAUGAGGGUUUUAAUCGGGUUUUGCAGCACACAGACAACACGUUACGUGUGUGCGCUUCCCAGGUUCUGAGUCAAAGAGUGGAGUUAUGAUCAUAUAGAGAAACAGCCAAACCGAAGCAUCUCCUCUUAGUGCCGAGGCUCGUUGCUGUUAACAGUCGUGGCUUUCUGCAGCACAUGACUUGGAUUUCAUGCUGAAGUAAAGCUUUUAAGGCUCUAUUAACACAUUCCUGUGAAUAUUAAGGCAA